ACAAAACUCGAAGAACUUUUUUUACGUUUUGGUAAUUUUAGUUUUUAAAUAAAGCUACUGAAAAAUGGGCAAUAUAGAUCGGCUCAUAGUUUUAUACGGUAGCCAGACUUUCACCGCACAGGAAGUAGCUGAAAGAAUAUGGCGUACAACGAAGGUAUUGGGGUUCAAAGGCCCUGUACAGGCGAUGGACGAUUACCCUAUUUCCCGGCUCAUACACGAGGAAUUAGCCUUGUUCGUCUGCUCAAACACAGGCCAAGGAGACGAGCCAGAUAAUAUGAAAAAGUUUUGGAAGUUUCUACUGCGGAAAAACCUUCCAGCAAACUCUUUAGUGAAACUGAAAUUUGGAGUGGUAGGAUUAGGUGAUUCCUCGUAUUCGAAGUUCAAUUUUGUGGGCAAAAAGCUUCACAAACGACUCAUACAGUUGGGUGCUACGCCUCUUCUAAAUAUAGCUCUAUGCGACUAUCAACACGAUCUAGGUCAUGAUGCAGUUCUAAUACCCUGGACCAAAGAUUUCUUCACAAAAAUGCGAGAUUACUUCCCAAACAUGCCUACAGACACAAACACAUCAUUUAUCCCUCGCUGGAAAGUUUCUAUUCUUAAAAAUGAGGAUUAUCAAAACGGGCACAGUUUAAAUAAGGAUAUUUACUAUGCUAAAGGUUAUAGAGAUAAUUUUUUAGAGGUGCAUUACUUGGAAGUUGAACAAAAUGUUAGGACAACAGAUGUUACACAUUUUCAGGAUGUACGAUUAAUAACAUUUAAAACUAUGGAAGAUGACAAAUUAGGUUACAAUCCUGGUGAUAUAUUCAACAUAAGGCCCCGAAACUCUGAAGAAGAUGUAAAUGAUCUAUUUGACAUCUUUCGUACACAUAAUAUGGACAUGAAACCACAUUAUCGCUUGUUAGUUGAAGAAAACUACGAAGGCAUGCCAGUACCAGAUUUCCUCAAAGAACCACUAACUUUGUAUGAAAUAGCAGAACAAUACUGGGACCUGAAAGCGUACCCCACACAAUACGUCUUCUCUCUUCUAGCACUAGUGUCGGAGGAUAGGUUAGAGAGAGACAAGUGUAUAGAACUCAGCUCGCCCGAGGGUCAGGAAGACUGGCUUAACUAUUGUAGGAGGCCGAAAAGGACUAUUCUUGAGGUGCUCCACGAUUUCCACAAAUCAACCUCCAAGCUUACAAUAGACAUACUAUUCGAGUUAUUCUCUGCAAUAAAACCUAGAUCUUUCUCCAUAGCGAAUAGUUGCCUGCCUUCCCAGGGAAGAAAGUUAGAUAUUCUAGUCGCGGUGGUCAAAUAUUAUACCAAGCUCAAGAAGCCAAGGUUGGGUUUGGCGUCCAAUUGGCUCAAAUGUUUGAAUGUUGGCGACCAAGUUUAUGGGUGGGUUAAGAAGGGUAGUUUGAAAUUUCCCAUGGAUAUGAAUAUCCCGCACAUUUUGAUAGGUCCCGGAACAGGCCUAGCCCCAUUCAGAAGUGUAAUCCAAGACAGAGUAUACAAGGACUCUGCACAUAAAGACGUUUUACAUCUAUUCUUUGGUUGUCGCUACAGGGAUAAAGAUUUCCACUGUAGAGAAGAAUUGUUGAAAAUGGUUGAAGAAGAGAAGUUGACUUUGUAUUGCGCUUUUUCGAGGGAUCAGGAGGAUAAAAUAUACGUCCAACACAAAAUAAAGGAGCACAGCGACGAACUGUGGCAUCUGAUCAACGAUAAAGGCGCGUACACAUACAUCUCGGGCAACGCCAAGAAUAUGCCUAACAGUGUGCGCGAGGCCUUAGUCGAGGUGUUCUGCACACGCGGGGCCCUCAACUCACAGCGAGCUAAAGAAAUGCUUGCUUCUAUCGAACGUGAGGGUAGAUUGCAACUCGAAACUUGGUAAAACCCGACUACGGCAAGCCAAAAGGAAGGGUUAUGAUUUUAGCAGUCUAUGUAUGUAUGUAGGUGUGUAUUUACAGUCCGACAAGGCUCUUUUGGCACUUGAGUGAGGGCGCUGUUGUAGUUUUAUGCCGAUACAGCGAACUAUCAACAAGUGCACAUCUCAAGAUGCCGGCUUUAGUUCCGAUUUUGGCCACGCGCCUAAAGAGCCUUAUCAGACUGUAUGAAUGUAGGUUGGUAUUUAUGUUUACUCCACCGUAGCGCCUAAACUACUAGGCCGAUUUUGAUGAAUGAGGUGUCAAUCGAUUCGUUAUUAUGGUCCGGGUGAUAUAGGCAAUAUUUUAUAAGAAAAAAAUCGAUAUGAUGAAUGUUACACCCAAAAAUGUGGGAGUCUCCA